AAGCUCGAGAGAAGAAAUCGCUUAUCAAUCGAUAAAAAUAAAUUAGUGGUUAACUCGUGCUGUGUUGAUAAUAAAACCGCAGAUUAUUAAGGUAGCCUACAAAACAUAUUUUUGGACAAAAAAUAAUGCCCCACAAGUUCCACUAUUAUAUUUAUUUCAUUUUGGCCAACUUGCAAGUAGCCAUAUUUGCGAAACAUGUUGGAGAAUUGUUCUGGGACACCGGAGUAAUGCCCGAGAUUUUCAAAAUAGCUCCCAUAGAACUUUUACAAGUCACUUACCCUUACGGUCAACUUACACCAGGAGAUACACUCAAACCAGAGCAUGUCGUAACACAACCCACAUUAUCAUGGAGUACAGAAAAAGACGUUUUUUAUACGAUGUUCAUGACUGGGGUGGAAACACCUUGUUUACCACGUGAUACCAUCGAGGAGGAUUUAGGUGUAAAAGUGAACGAAUGGGAACAAUGGAUGGUGAUCAAUAUUCCAGAACAAAACAUACAGGAAGGAAAAUGCUUAUUCGAAUACAUCCCACCGCAUUCGCCCAAUCACCCGAAUAAGACAAAUCACUACUCGUUUUUAAUGUUCAAACAAAUGUACUACAUUUUAGAAUACUUGGAUUUCGGCAGCACGGGGGUUACAUGUCUGGAGGAUAUAUCAGUUUUGAAAUUCGUCAGACGGCAUCAUUUAGGAGAACCAAUCUGUGGUAACUUAUUCUCAAUACCAUUCAUACCUGGAUUACCAGUCUGGAAUCGAACAACGAGGCCACCACUUACGGUUGAAUACCCGGGAACAUUCACCUAUCCUACGUUCAAUAUUAAAGACAUGUUUACAAAAAUAUCCACCAAUCUAAUGGACAAACAACAUGCUUACGUGGAUGAUAGUGAUGUAGAAAAAGGAUUAUUCCUUUGAACGACUGCUUUUAAAAUUUGUAAUUUACUAGUCAUUAUUUUUUUGUAUUUAAUUAAUCAGAUAGUCGGAAUUUUUCUUUGCUAAAUUCGUGCACAGGGUGUCUCACUUUUUCUGCGCUUCAAUUGUAACGAUUUGUAGGAAAAAUUUUCAGCUUUGAAUUUUCUUUGAUAGUUUUAAAAUUUACUUAACAUUUAUUUCUGUAGUAUACAUUUUUUUUAAAUUAUAAAUUUCCAUCAACUAGGUAGGCUAUUUAUCUAAGUAAAAUUUAUCAAACUCAUAAAGCUACUUUUAUAAUUAUCACUUUUUUUUUCUUUUCAAAAACUGAUUUUUUUAGAGUUGCAAUAAUAUUGUCCUCAUUGUGCCUCGAGUCAUUUUCAUAAGUACCAAUUUCUGGCUGUGAGCGAUGCAGAGAUGCCGUGUAGUAAUUUUAUGAAGCUUGUUCCCUUACACUAUUUGUGGGCUUCCAAUUUUUCAAGCUCUGCUACCCUGAUACUUCAAACUAAAAUUGAACCAUAGAUAAAAUUACUUGCACAUAAAAUCGCACCACGCGAAAGUUGACCUCGCAUAAUUCCACAACAGAAAAACCAUUCGUGUUUAAACAAAAAAUUAUCACUUCUACGCGUCAGGAAAACUCUGUUUAAGAAUCGACGCUAUACUUGAACUUAGGUAAUGUAAUGAUAUGUACAGACUACAGGGUGUUUAAGAAUAAGGAGUUUUGAUAUAUUUUGAUAAGCAACAGAGGAAAAAAUUUCCCCAAGUUAAAAAUGAAAAAUUAAAUAACAAUCAAGAAAAUGUGCGUUUGAGUUAUUAUUUCUGUGCAAUAUGAAAGAUUUUCUCGUGUUUCAUUGAAACAAUCACUAGAACGUCUAUUUUUGAGAUACUUAUUCAAUUUUCCAAUUUUCAAGCAAGGAAUUUUCUCUCCUUCUUGAUAAAAUCAAAAUCCCUCAUUCUUGGACACCCAGUACCUACCUGUUAAAUUUCAAUUUUCGACAGACAUUUUUGAAACCAUAUAAAAAUAAAAAUUACCAACAUUUUGAAUUUGAUUGCAAAUUUUGAUUCAUUUUUAUGGUGAAUUAUGAGGGUUUUUUGUCAGAAAUACACAAGAACCAAUAGGUACGAUUUUUGACUCAAAAAUCAAUAAAUUGAGAACUCGACAUGAAAAUCAUCCACUCGGGAUAUUUUCAGGAAUGCUCAAAAAUUGGCAUGGCAUGAUUUUUGAUUCAAAUUAGUUGAGUUGACCUCAAAAUAGAAAUUAUUGACAUUUUUGAUUCAGACAAAAUUUUAACGAAUGCCAAAAAAUUCUGUAGAAUGCUUCUUUAAAAAUACUCAAAAAUCAAUACAAUUUUUCAGCAUAUAAUCAUUUAGUCAAGCUCAAAACGAGAAUUUUCAACAUUUCUGCGAUUCCACCAACAUUUUAAAUUUUUGUCUUACCAGUCUUUUCAAAUCUUCUACAUAGGGCAUCUGGAUUCUCCAAUUUUGAAGAAAUUCUAUUAAAAAUAUUUCAAAGGGAAUUCAAAUUUCGCAAAACUUUUUUCGACUAUCCUCACAUCGCUAUUGUUUCUCUACCAUCUGUUCGAAGAGAAUUUUUUGAAUACAUUGAUACCGGUCUCUAUCGGUUUAAAGUGUAAUAUUUAUUUUUUUUGUUAAAUAUGUACCCUCGAAAGUGAAAAACUGAAAAAUUCGACACAGGCCACAGAAUUAUUCAAAUCAUUCACCAAUCUAUUCGAGAGCCCGAAAAUGGGAAUUUCAACAAAAUUUUAGCUGCAAAAUUGAAAAACAAGUGUCUAAGAUUAAUCAAAGGGUUCACGGAAACGUUUGAAAACUGAAAAAUUCAAAAAGCUCUAUCCUCAAGAUUAACAAUUUUUCCAUAAGUUUGGCCACUUGUCUCUUGCAAAGUACCUGUUUUUUGUUUCGACCCAACGUUCUUUUCUCGUUAUUUAUUUUUUUCGUCGGCCAUUUCUGAUUGUUUUGCUCUAAUUCUUCGUUUUCGUUCAAUUUUGUUGUAUCUAAGCGAAUGACGUGAAGUUGAAAUUACAGUAGAUUGAGAUUGCUUCAGAAUAAAUCAUCAUCAUCAUCGAGUCGUAUAACCGCUCGAGGUGGUAUCGCGUACAAAUCAACGCGUACCCUUAUGCCGAAUUGGGUAUUUGGGCUAACAUCCUUUAUGUUGGUAUUGCCUCUAUCGCGUUGAUUACGUAUCUAAAUAGGUACGUAUAAUAAAGCGCUCCAUGAGAUAAAUAAAAACACAGAGGAUUGUCACAUACACUGAUACACAUAUGUACCAAAAAAACUGGAGCAAAACACUCAUUCACUUCUCAUUUGGCUCAAGUCCAAAACAUUUUAUUAUAUAUCCUAAUAAGACCAUCCAAAUUAAUUUGAAUAUUUCGUGACUCCAUUUCAAGGGUUUAUUCAAAUUCGCUUGAAAAUCAAUCGUUGACCAGGCAUCCCUCACGCUUAUAAAAAUGAUUAGGUUUUUAAACCAUAGUAGAUGAUUAAUUUAUUCGACGUACUUGAUAAUAUUUUUAGAAAAAACCAUUAAAACUUGAAAACAUAA